UAUUUUUCCCUACGCACGUGGCCUACACUACCCAGCAUGCACGUGGACUAUUAUGCCACAAGAACGCGCGCGCCACCUGGUGGCCAUUAAAGCGAUACACGCUCGCGGAGCAUCACAGAGCUGCAGCGCGCGCAUCAGCAACGUCCGGAAAACAGCCCGGGUGAGAAACGGCAGUAAAGGUAUAGAGUCAUGUUGAGAGGGGGCACCACUAAGGUGGCGCUGCCCAAGACAGGAGCUCCAGAGCGGGGCAGGCUGCCGUCUUCCAUCGGCCACACGAGCACCUCCGGCAGCACUUCGACGAUGAAGACGUCCCGAUCGUCUAGCACCAUUGCCUCCGACCUGCGUCUCAGCCGGCUGAAGCGGGCAAGCAGUGAUGAUGCUCUGGCCAAACCUGCUCUGGGACCAGCAGCUCCAGCUUCUCGCCUGAAGAAAACUAUCACCACUGGAGCUAUUUCAGAGCUGGCAGACAACAGACCACACAGCUUAUUGGGUAUCCAUUCAACCAAAAAGUCAGGAAUACCUGCUCCGCGUGACAUCCCCCAGACCAUUUCCAGAGACCGCACUCCACUAAGAGACCAGCUAAGGACCUCGUCUACCAAAAAGAUGAUCCCCAGUGCAAGCACAUCUAGCUUGUCUGCCCUUGCAAAACAUUCCCGCAGUUCGGUCAAGUCAAAGGUAGAAGCCGAGAGUGCAGACAGGGCCCUUCUGGAGUGUCAGGUUAAAGAACUGUUAGCUGAAGCCAAGGCCAAAGAAUUUGAGAUAAGCAAGUUACGGAUGGAGCUGCAAAGGUACAGAGGGAAAGCCUCUCCACAGGAGGCUGGCACACCGGAUGGGACGCCAGAGACGCAAAUCGAGUCGAAUUCCACAGAUACACAAACAUUAGUUGAGGAGAUGAAGAAGAAGAACAGGUGCUUUCAAAAAGAGUUGUCUGUCUUGCAGCAAGAGAAUCAGACUCUAAAGGAAAAGGUUAUCCUUUUAGAGAACUCUCCAGUCUCGUGUGAUAAUACCAUUACCAGUUCUACAUCACUAUCCAGUCCAAACAAACCCUCUCUGAAUGGGGUUGUACCAGAGAUUUGCAGCACCAAAAUGGCAGCAGGUGGACCACUCCACGGUAGCCCAAUUAAAUCCUCUGUAUCAUCUGGUAGCGACAUUACCAAAGGGUCUCCAUCACCGGACUCCUCCGAGUUUGAGAAAAUCCCACUGUGCUCAGACUCAGUCAGUAGCUGCACCAAGGGCAUUGCACCAAGCCCCAAGGAGCAAGAUCUAUCUCUGCAGUGUCUCACAGAGCGCAUUCAGAAAAUGGAGGAGAGCCACCACAGCACAGCAGAGGAGCUUCAAGCCACUGUACAAGAGCUAGCUGACCAGCAGCAGGUCGUACAAGAGCUAACAGCAGAGAAUGAGCGUCUAUCUGAAGAGAAGAGUCUUUUGCAGACCUCCCUGCAGCAGCAGAGGGAACGUGUUGAGCUCUUGGCACAAAAGAACGAGUCUUUGCUACAGAGACUCAGAGAGCAUGUUCAAAAUCAGGAGGUUGAGGCUUCCCGCACAUCUAGGGCUGCAGAGCUGGAACAGCGUCUGGCUGAGCAGGUAGAAAGCUCACGCUUUGAGAGGGAGAAACUGGUGGACAUUCAACAGCAGCUUACAGGGAGUCUAAGAGCUUUGGAAAAAGAGCAUCAGGAAGCACAGGCAGCUGUAAGAGGCUUAAAAGAAGAGCUGGAGAUCCUCAAGGAGCAGGUGGAAAGAGAGAAGGAGGCUGGAGCAGAGGCAACAAGGCUAACAGUGGAACAGCAUCAAGCUGUGGCUGCUCUGAGGGUGGAGAAUGAAUGCUUAAAGGCCCAGGUUGAGACAGAGAGGCAGAAGGUGUUGGAGCUGAAUGCAUUCCAGAGUGCUAGCAACAGCACAGAGCUACAGGCCUUACUGAAAGCUGCACACACAGACAGAGACAAGCUGGAGCUUAUCUGCACUGAGUUGAAACAGGAGCUGCUGCAGGCUCACAAGGACACAGAGCGGAUUCAGUGUUUGCUCAAUAAGGCUGAAGCAGACCAACAGAAGCAUGUGGAGAGUUUGGAGUCACAGGAGCAAGAUCACAAAGCCAGCAUGCUUGCACUGGAGCAGAAGAUCAGAGAUGACGAGAACCAGAUAAAGGACCUUAAAGACACCAUUUUUGAGCUGGAGGACCAGGUGGAGCAGCACCGGGCAGUUCAAUUACACACCAACCAAAUCAUCUUGGACCUAGAAAGUCAAAUCAAGCGGCUGGAGGAGCAUAAGACCGAGCAUGACAAGCAGAUGAAAGCCAUGAGCAAACAAAUAAAAGAGGAGACACAGGAAUGGCGGCGUUUUCAAGCUGACCUGCAGACGGCCGUGGUCGUGGCGAAUGACAUAAAGGUGGAGGCUCAACAGGAAGUGCGGACACUGCGCAGACGGCUGCAGGAGGAACAGGAGCGCAGUUCCAGGCUGGCUACAGAGCUCGAGCACAUACAGGGGGCCAGGUCACGGAAAGAGGAAGGGAGUCUUUCGGACUCGGAGAGCAGUCCUCAGUGGUGUGGAAUUGCCAUGUCCCAGAAUGCACCUGGUAGUGAGGGCGAAAUCAGCACACCUUCAGAGCCAGAAGCCACCGUCAAAUCCCUCAUCAAGUCCUUUGACACUUCUGUGAAGAAUGGACCUGCCAGUACAGUGCAGAUCCCAACGUCUCCUAGAAGCCCCCUGAGUGGAAUCCCAGUACGCACGGCUCCUGCGGCUGCUGUCUCGCCCAUACAGCGGCCUUCGUGUAUCAAACCUCUGUCUAAAUCCCUGGAAAGAAGAAUCAAUCUGGUGGAUUCGUCUCACUCAGUUGACGAGUUAAAGCCUUCGUCUCUGAUGAGAAAGAGUCCGUCCCUCGAGUCAGUCAUCAAGACUCCAGCCGCUCUGAGCGGCAGAACUUCCUCAUUCACUUACAGCAGGGCCAACAGUAAGCUCAAUGUGGAAAGAACAGACCCUCUGGCUGCUCUGGCGCGGGAGUAUGGGGGAUCUAAGAGGAACGCUCUACUGAAGUGGUGCCAGAAGAAAACAGAAGGCUAUCCGAACGUUGAUGUGACUAAUUUCAGCAGCAGUUGGAGUGAUGGUCUGGCCUUCUGUGCACUGCUACACACAUAUCUGCCAGCACACAUCCCUUAUCAAGAGCUCAUCAGCCAGGACAAGGGCCGCAAUCUGACCCUGGCCUUCCAAGCAGCUGAAAGUAUUGGGAUUAAACCGUCUCUGGACAUUGACGAGCUGAUGCACACAGACAGACCAGACUGGCAGAGCGUCAUGCAGUAUGUUUCUCAGAUCUACAAGUACUUUGAGACUUGACCCUUGAACGGAGGAAAUGCAAACUCACAGAAUCCCAGAAGCUCUUUAAGCUUAAUUUCCAUGCACGGCAUCGGGAUGUGGUUUAGACACACGUAUAAAUAUAAUAGCAUAAUAAAAAACACCACAGAGCUGCUUCUCAGCAUCACUCUUUCAUAAUGCUUCCUUUUUCACAUUUCUAUAUUCUGAAGUACAGAUGAAGUGAUUGGUCUGGACUGUAUUUGUGUGUUUGCUUGAGUAGUUAUUGUUUUUGCGUGUAAAAGCACAGUACAGAUGUUAGUGUUCUACUGUUUACAGAGGAUGGAUUAUAUAUAGUAUUUUUAAGCAAAGUAUUUUUGAAUCUUCCGUUGAUUCUUCCGUUAAUUCUAUAUGAAGCAUACAGACGUAAUUAAAUGCAGCACUAUUUAAAAGUCGCCAGUCCAUCACAUUGUAGUGCCAAAUCUCUUCACACUAAAACACACAUGCUGAAUAUUACAUGCCUUAGAAGGAAAUAAAUGACUGUGUUCAAAGUCACAAAUGGA